AUGCGAGCAAUGUCUCGACAACAACCUCCCCCUGACUUCCAUGACCGCGACCUUUCAUGGAGCGUGACACCGGUCAGCGAUGCGCAGAGUUCUCCGAACGACAACCUCUUUGAUCAAUCUUUCUUUCUCCAGAGCUCCUUUGAAGGAUAUUCGCCUUCACAAUGGGACUGCGUCGAUGGCCAUGCCAUGAGCUGCAAGGACGAGGAUGUGUACCAUGCUCCUCGGUACCCACCGUUGCAGAGCGAGACGUGGGCUCCGCCGGCAUCACGCAUGGAGGCACCCGCGUCUGGAACCCCUGCUGCUCAGAACUCGGGCUUGGAGGUGACGACGAUGCCGGAUGGCCCUCCAGCGUCUCUCACAGCUUGGGCGACAUGGACAUAUCCAUCGCAACCUGUGACUGCUGCCGCACUUUCGCCGACGAGGGAGGAAAAUGCACCUUGGACGUCGAGCGGCUUCCUUUCAGCUGGCCUCGUGGAAUCUGUCGACGCCGGCAUCGACCCUUCGUUCGACGCUGGCGAAGCGUCGGGCCACCAUCUCGCGCCUCACUCCACUGGCUGUCUGGACCAUCUCCGCGUGCUACAAGGCGCUGGCUCCGCACAACAGGACAACGUGGGCGCGCAAGCGACGACUGAGUUCGCGUGUUCCAUCUGCUCCGUCAACUUGGCGACUUUGGAGGAGCAGAGGAGGCACGUGGCAGGAGGCCUCUGCAAACCCUUCCCCUGCCUUUUCCUUUUCGCCGGCUGCAAAUUUCGUUUUCUCUACAAGAACGAGUGGAAGCGGCACGUCAACACGAUUCAUGUCAUCGUUGAAAGUUUCAUAUGCACGCUGGGGAGCUGCGCGAAGAAGGGGCCAAAGCAUAGCCUCCGGCCUCUGCCGAGCGUCUGGACCCGUCAAGCCCACCUGGUUCCGCUACACGGCACCGUCGCGACUCGCAUCGACUUGCUCAAGAAUCACAUGAGCCGCGCCCAUGGAGAGGUCGCUUCGGAGAUGCGGAGCCUACCGGGCGUCACCAGGAUUCCUCUUCAGAUGCCGCCGUCGAUGGCGUGCUACGCGCCAGGAUGCGAAGAGUCAUUCUCCGAUUGGGCUGCCUUUUUGCAUCACGUUGCCGACGUCGGCCACCUGCGCUCGCCACUGUCACCCUUGUGUCCUAGGGGUCGUUGGCUUGUCGACUUUGGCCUCGAGACGGGCUUUCUCAAGGAAACGUGCGGCGCGGUACGAUUUGCCAACUCGCUGGAGGGAGUCAAGGGCCACAAGCCGAAAUCUGUCGGAAACAGGGUCUACGGAAAGAAGCAGUCUUGGACGGUCCAGAAGCGGAAACUUUGA